UCGCGCUGUCAAUGCAGUUUCGAGUUCGAUACUCUCGUAGUCUCCAUGCUUUGAAAUGACCGGAGAAACAAAAGUGUGUUCCGGAGUUUUGGAGCACCGGAAAUUGAGUGUAACCUCAGCAGAAGAUUGGACUCGAGAAUGGAAAAAGUUCAAAAGCAGUUUGUUCACAAUGGAUAUCACGCAGCUGCCAAUCUACGUGUUAGAGGAUAUCACUUACUACCUGCACGGCUGUGACCUGGCCGCAUGUGCCGCCGUCUGCUACUACUGGCGAGAAGCCUACAAUGACGACUUCUUCUGGCAGAGGCUCUGUUACCGCGACAUUGUUCCCUAUCUGGCUACUGUGCAGAACCUCGUCAAGCCACACUUCCAGCUACCACCGCAGGACUCAGACACACUAGAGGAUCUGUGUGAAUGGCGGAUCCGGUUCAUGCGUCAGGCCCAUUUGAUGCGUAACUGGUACUGUGCACGCUACUCCCUGCAGACCAUCUACACUUAUGACUCAUCCAUCAGUCAUAGCGGCCACGUGCUGCACGACACGGGAGAUCACUGGCUUGUACUGAGUACGCGCUCAAAAACACAGGUAACUAUCAGAUGCGCAACUGGUACUGUGCACGCUACUCCCUGCAGACCAUCUACACUUAUCACUCAUCCAUCAGUCAUAGCGGCCACGUGCUGCACGACACGGGAGAUCACUGGCUUGUACUGAGUACGCGCUCAAAAACACAGGUAACUAUCAGAUGCGCAACUGGUACUGUGCACGCUACUCCCUGCAGACCAUCUACACUUAUCACUCAUCCAUCAGUCAUAGCGGCCACGUGCUGCACUGACACGG